GGAGAGAGAGCGGUCGGGCUGCGUGGUAGGAGGAGAGCGCUCGGUAGAGUCUCGCCUCGGGCAUUGCGAAAGAGAGGAGCGGAGAGACGAGAGGACUGAAGAGAAAGCGAGCUGCCCGGUGGUGGGGAAAUGGGGCUUAGAGAGGCAGACGAAGAGAGAAAAUGAAAAUGGAAACUAAUUUAAGCCCGACGCGCCCUGAAGUUGGAUGACCUGGGGUGGGAGGUGGAACAAGGACGCAGCUAGUCCAAUUUAUUAUCUGCAUUUAACAUGACUCCGAUAAUAAACCAACUUUUGUGGGGCGUGGUUGUCGGGAGGAGAGGAAAGAGAGAGAACUACGAAAGCGCUACCGCGCAUGUUCACGUUUGCUCGCCUGUGACGUAUUGGCGUGUAUAAAUGUUGAGCUCUGUGCAUUAGAAUAUUAAUGUUUUCUGUAUACCUGACACAAUGCACUUCCGGAGAACUAUAUUUUCAUGCAUUUAAUUACAUUCCAGGGAGAUCGAUAAUCGGUAUUCUUUAUGCCCUCUUUCGGUUCAGUAGAUGUAGUAACUGGUCAUGCAUCGACCAGGUCGGGGAGCUUGAUGGCGGAUAGCAUUGCCGUUUGGAUUAUGUCGAUACACUGAAAGAGAGACUCUUAGCAACAUCAAAUACAUACCAAGUACGAAUAAAUAAUCACUCCAUUUUGUAGCCGCAAUUAACAUGUGUGAAAAUAUACACGCCAUCUCUGGCCUUCAUUUGGUAUCAUGGAAUAAAUAUCUUCCACAAUUACUACACGCUGACUGGAAAAAAACAAAGCAGCAUUCAUUACUUCUUUCUUCCUUGUGUAUUUGUAUUCAACCAUUGUAGGUUCUCUCUACCUUCCCCCUCGUGGCCUUGUCAACCGAUUCCCCCACCACAUUCCCAAACCCGUGUAUUAAUGUAGUGGUGUGGUGCUGGGACGAAAGAGGGGUGGGGAUCCCAGAAAUGUUUGCUAAGCGGUGAUGGAACCUAAUGGUGUUCGGUCUCGGUGCUGAGGACUUCGCGGGUGUUCGGAGGUGCUCGUUUUCCCGUCUCUUUGUCUGUGUGGGGGGGUUCGUGUACAGCAGACCAGCGAUUCUCAGCCUUACGGACAUUCUCCUCAGCGCUCUCUCUCCGUGUCUCUCCCCCCACUCUUCUCGCUACAUAGCCUUCUGGCAUACUCUGUCCCACACUGUCUAGGAUUCAGGACGAGUCCAUUCCCCGGUCAUGGGGGUUCAGAUAAAGUUCACCGAGUAGCGCGAGUAGUUGCACACGGAAAAGUGGUAGUAUUUGCUGUGUUGUUUAGGUAUUUGCCUUCCGGAAAACGUUUCCGGUUAUUGUAUUCCACUUGGUGAUAUACCGUUAUAUCCACUUGCUGGUUGUAGCAGAUGCUGACAGUUUACUUUGUUGAGCUCAGUCCCUCGCACGCAAUGAACGUCACGUCUACGGGUUGGCCAUGAACCAGCUACUUGCUGAUGAUGCUUUGGGUAUAGAUUCUUAUCAGAAUGAACUCUCAUCAAAAUCAACUGUAGAUGAGGAAGCUUCUAACAAUUUUGAUACCCAAUGUUACUUCUGUCUUGAUUGUCGAGGAGUAUCAUUUGAAAAUGCAAAUGACCUGGAAAAACAUCUUGUUGAACUACACCUCAAAACUGCAGAAGUGCUCCUGCAACGACUUACAGAUGCAACAAUACGAAGAUUAAAUCUAAGAAAAAGAAAUCCAAGGAAAGGAGCAUUUGCACGGAAACGUAGUCAUUCAUAUUUGGUACCUCGUGUGAAGGGUGGAAAGAAGGGCUCCCUUAAAUUGAAACUGAAAGUUUCAGGUAGUGAUUCUAAUUCAUUCGAAGUUGUUCCUGUGCAAAAAGUUCUUGUUGGGCCAGGGGAAUUGUAUCCUUUAAACGGAGGAGUUUUAGGUGAAGUAAAAACGGAGCAUUUUCUGACCGAGGUGGAGUGGGAAAAGAGUCUGGAAGGUUCGAGUGAGCAACCAGUGGUUGCUAGUAGUGGGGAAAGGACGUUAGAUGAAGAACCCAGUUCCUAUGAGAAAGAGAAUUCUGUGGAUUCAAAUAAAAGUAAUGAGGAUGAGCCUGGAGAUGACAUAGUGAAUGCUGAAGAUGUAGAUGACAAUAAAGACAAUGAAAAUGGUGAUCAUCUGACAAUAGGUAAAGAAGAGCUUGACAUUCCUCCUUCCCCUGCUCCUACACCCUCAGCAACCCCUCUUCCUAACUUACCAUCUCCCUCAACAUCGCCCAUCCCAGAGCAUAGUACAUCCCCGCUUGGAAUUUCUUCAGACCCUGCUACAGAAGCAUUAAAUUCGCCAUCUAAUGAAGAGUUAGAAUCAGACUUCCUCCCUUCUGUUAAUGAGAGUGAAUUUUCACCAUCACCAAACAUGGUUGAAAUUAAUAACUCCUCAGUGGCUGAUGUUCGGUCCCCAGCUUUUCCAACUACUUCAUCUCCUGCAACUCCUUCAGGCCAACCUACCCCACCAUCAGAACAACAAAACUCACAGUCAACGGAAGAUGAUGAAAAUUCAGAUUCACAAGAUUUAUCCAAUGCGGAGCAACUGCCUUGUGAUGAUACUUCAGAUGGUGCUACCUCAAAUAAUUUUGUGUGGACUGAUGUUAGUGCUAAUGAUGACAUUGCUGGAGAGGAAUCAAAUAGUCAGACUUUGGAAGAAAGAGAUCCCUUACUCCUAACUGAUCCUCCUGCAGAUCAAGGUGGGAAUUUGCAAGGAAGUCCUAAUGCUGGAUCUAUUGAUGGGAGUGAUCAGUCAAUUCUUAGGGGAUUUCUCUCUGAUCAGAAUGCUGAAAGAACUUCUGCUUCUGUGUCUGGUGUUAGUGGAUUAGAGAGCUUUAAUUUAGGUUCCGAGUACAUAUCUUUAGAACGGCUAGGUGACAAUGCAGUUAUUUGUGAUGUAUGUGGUGAACGUGCAGCUGAUCAAGCUGCUUUACAAGAUCAUAAAUUUCGGGCUGGACAUUUCAAAUGUUCACAACCCGAAUGUGGUGGUGUUGUUUAUGCAACUGCUGAUGAACUAAUAGCUCAUCAACAGACCGUUCAUGGUAGUCAACAGUAUUCACAACAAAAUAUUUUAAACCAAUCACAAACCAUUAUAAACCAGCAAUCUGCUCCUGUGCAGCAACUGGUUCAACAAGUGCAAAGGUUACCAGUUCCUCAAAUGUCAAUGCAAGCUUUAAAUAAAGGACAGCCACCUCAUUCUUCUGCCAUGCCUCAGCAGCUAUCUUCAAGCAUGGUUACUUUAAUUCCAUCUCAGCAAACGCCGUAUCAAUCUGCAGUGUGCCGGCCACCUCCAUUGUAUCCUGCUCCUGCUCCCAAUAUGAUGCAGCAACAUCAGGCCCCCCCUCCAUAUCCUGGUCAUCAACCUCAACAUGUUAUGUUUCCUCAGCCAUACCCUCCUCAUAGUCAGUCUUUUACUAGUAGUCCCAGACAAGCGAUGCAAAUGCAGCCCAGACCGUAUUCAGCUAUGAUGCAACAAAUGAAUCAAAAUACAAUGAGACAUCAAGCUCCUAGAGUUCAAGUAUCCAACAUACAGCAAAGGGGAUUAACAGCUCAAAAUGUUGGUUCUCCUGGAGGGAUUGGCUCAGGAGGAAAGCGGCCAGUUCAAAGUGCACCCACUACUCCAAAUAAGCAACGCCGCAUGGAUAUGUUAAUACCAGAUAGACACGAUGAUGCAGACUGUCAUGUAAUAGCUAUGCAAAAACGUACAGAAAGCGGACCUGUAAUUACAGGAGUGCAGGGCUCUGGACCUGCUGCUCAGGCCCCUGGUCGGCAGUCAUCUCAGGCAGAUUCGACAAUCAAUUUAACAGAUUCUAUUACACUAUCUGUGAGAGGGCAAAAUGCAAAUCCUCCUAACGGUGGCAAAGGUAGGAACGAUGCAAACAGUGUCGCAAGCUUGUUGGCUACUCGGGGUAUUACUGUUACUCCUGCAGGUGCUACGGGUAGAGGUAAUUCAAAUCAGGUGCAGGUUCAAUCCCCACAAGCUCAACAUAGACAAGUAUCCAGUCGCCAGCCAGCAACAUCUGUUCCUGCUCCACCUCCACAGCCUGCACCUCAGCCGGUUACUACAUUAAAUUUGAAUUCAGCAAUUUCAAUUAUUCCUACAGCUUCUGCAAGGACUCCACCUAAGCCACAGCAACUCCCUCAGUCUCAACAGCCUGGAGGCAAUUUUGCUGUUCCCCAGGGACGUUCAGCCAAUAGACCUCAACAACAAGCUCAAGUAGAGCGACCACCUCGUCCGCCAACUGUGGAUUUGACCGGCGAUGGACCACCACCCCCUCCAGCUUUGAAUCCCAUGGGUGGUCGAGGGAGAGGAAGAGGUAGAGGAGGAAUUCCUGGACGCAAUGUUUGUCAACUGUGUGACAAGCCAUUUCCAACUCUAGAUGCUUUGAAUCAGCACAUGGUCACCCAUCGACCAGGAAAAUUGCCAUUUAGGUGCAAUAUGUGUACAGCCCAGUACCCUACUCAGCAAGGACUUUUACAACAUCGGCAGUCUUACCACAAGGAAUCCCCACAAGCACAAAUGAACUCUGAAUUAGUGUUGCCUGUUGUUGAUCUGAAGCAGCCAGCUACUGUCAAUAGAUUGAACAGUUUAGGUGUUCGCCAUUACAUUCCACUUUCCCAGUUGUCAAAUCAAAGUGGAGGAAUAUUGGGACUUCCUAUUGUUGUAUUAGAUAGAGGGCAAGUUCCCUCAGCUAAUGUGGCUGCCCUGGGUGCGGCCACAAUUCUGACAUUGGGACCUUUAAGACAGCUUCCACGAUAAAGUGUAAAUAUGUUAUGAAUUCUUUUGCUGAAGUGUACUACUUUCAACUGAAAUGCGUGCUGUUAUUAAAAUCUUACGUCAAGUUUCAGCAGUGUUUUUGUACAUAAGCUAUUUUUACUAAAAUAUUCAUACAUCAGUAUCUUAAACAGAACUGUUGUGAAAUUGAUCGGCAAUUGAACUAUAUGCUAUUACUUAAUAGUAUUGAAACAGUGCAAACAACUUUUGUUGUAGAAACAUGUUUUUUUAUAUUUUAUAUUGUAUAUAGAGUGUGUUAAAGAAGAAAAAUAAAAAUUAUGUAGGUCACCAUCAGUAUUAUGUAAUUUUUAAAAUUAUUUUUUUUACUUUCUUCCCUAGAGCUGUACUUUUACCAGCAGAACCAGACUGUAGAAGGGUGUACUUUAAAGUGUAAGCAAUGUUUUAAAAGGUUCUGCAUUACUUCUCUAUAAGAAUUUCUUUGUUUGUUUGUUUGUUUCCCCCCCCCCCAAUAAAUGUUGAUAAUUCGGUCCGUUGUCAAUAAAUCAAGUAAUUGUAUAAAUGUAUUCAUCAUUAAAUUAAGAGACACUUUCAAGGUCAUAAUAAUAACAUUCUUUCCGAGAGACAAGAACAUUACCUUGUCUAUUGGUAAUAAAAUAUUUAUUUGGGCAGUGUUAUGCCUUAAAAAUAAGGGUUUGCUUUUUCAUAUAGAAGAUAUAAGACUGAUUUGAAAUUAUAAUUUUCUUUUAUAGAUCUGUUGACAUCGUGUUACUUUGUUUUCUUCAGUUCUCCAAUUUUUCUGAUAAUUUCAUAGGUUUGAUUAUUUUGAAGGUGCUAAAGGUGGGGAAAGUGCAUGUUAGUAAUGAAGGACUUCAAAUUUUCUUGUAAAGAAAAUGUUUGUAAUAUAAAUCUAUGUAAUUGAGGCUUCUUAACAAAAGAUUUGUAUGUAUUUCAAAAUUUCUUAUUUUAUGUUGACAUUUUUGUUUUCUCAAAGUAGAAAAUUUUGAAUGUGUUUUAUGAGUGUUAUUAAAUAAUUUUGUGUAAGAUUCUCGAAAAACCAUGUGAAAUGACUUUUCAAGUUGUCCUAUAGAAAUACUAAUAAGAGUUCUUUUGUACCCUUUUGUACUUUGAAUAAACAUUAUGUUUGCAUUCAUAUUUCACACAAAUUUAUGUGAAUGAAUUUUUGUGCUACUUGCAUACUGAUAUUUGCAUGCUAAUUUCUUUUAUAACAUAAAAUUAAUACCUGAAUGUAA